AUGUCGACGGCCGAGUGGGACGACGCGCGCGAGCAGGGCAAGGAGGACAAGAAGUGGCUGCUCGUGAACCUCCAGGACAACAGCAUCUUCCAGUGCCAGACGCUCAACCGCGACGUGUGGAAGGACGCCGCCGUGCAGCGGCUCGUGCGGGAGAGCUUCAUCUUCCUCCAGUACGCCAAGAACUCGUUCGACGCGCAGCAGUACGUGACGUUUUACUUUCCCGGCGCCAGCCACGAGAACGCCGACAACUUCCCGCACGUCGCCAUUGUCGACCCGCGCACGGGCGAGCAGGUCAAGGUGUGGAGCGGCGUGCCGUUCCCGAGCGCCGACGACUUCCACGCGCAGCUCGCCGAGUUUCUCGACCGCUACAGCCUCGACGCCAGCAAGAAGAACCCCGUCGCCAAGGACACGGCGAAGCGGCCCAAGGUCAUCGACGUCGACCGCAUGACCGAGGACGAGAUGCUCGAGAUGGCGCUGCAGAACAGCAUGAACACGUCGGGCGGCGCCGCAGCCAGCGCAGGGGCAGGAGGAAGCGGCAGCGGCACGGCCAGCGGCACGGCCAGUGGCACCGCCAGUACGCCGAGGUCCAACGUUGUCGACCCCGACGCGCUCACGAAGGAGGCGGCAGCAGCAGCAGCGGCAACGGAAGCAGCGGCCACAGACGCAGAGGUGCACGGCACAGCAGCAGCGAGCGGCUUCGCGCGCAUCGCCAGCGACAAGCCGCAUGUGGAGCCAGCCAACGACCCCAAGACGACAACGCGCAUCCAGUUCCGGCUGCCGACGGGCGGGCGCGUGAUCCGGCGGUUCAGCGUCGACGACCCCGUGCGGCGCAUCUUCGAGUGGCUCAAGGCCGAGCCGCUCGAGGGCAAGGCGGGCGUCGACUUUGAGCUCAAGCAGAUGCCGCAGGGCCAGGACCUGCUGCAUCGCGCCGACCAGACGAUCCUUGAGGCCGGGCUGAAGCAGGGCACGGUCAUGGUGGAGUUUCUCGAGGAGUAG